AUGUUCCCCCAAACCAAGCUAAAAACCCUUGCGGGAACCUAUGAUCUGCUGGACGGAGCACAAGCUCAGAUUGGAAUGAGCCCAGUGGCUUGCUUUGCAGAUCUUCCUAGUAAUUUCCCCCUGGAUCUGCGUAUUUGGGCUCCUUCUGACGAACACUUGCGGGAAUCUCCGGGAGCUGUUCACCUGGAAACAAACUUUGGCCAGAAACGGAAACCGUUUCUCGAUCGACUUUUAGGGGCUACUCCACGGAUCCUCAAUGAGACCUGCCAAUCAGAGAACGCUACGCAGGUUGGAUCUGCCAUUGACGAGAAUCUCUUACCAUUUCCAGUUAGCGGGUCAUUCCCCGCAAAGCUAGAGCUCUCGAGGUCUAAGCUUUGCAGCUCACGCGCAAUGGAUUUCCCUUCCGCCGUAAGAGGAGUAAAUUCUCUGGGUGGCACUAGCUUUUCGAUUAUUCCAUUUUCCCGUGGCCAAUAG